AUGCCCGUAUCCUCCCAGGCUAUCAGCACCGUGCUGCUCUUCGAGGUGACUCCGCAAGACCACCGGAUGCUCUUCUGCAUGCUUAACAUCUGCGUACCCCUGGUGCUGGGUACGGUGGUGCUCGGCCUUAUAGGCACGACCUCGAUGCACUGGUCGGCAAUGCAGCUUGUUGUGCUAUCGCCCACCCUACUGCUGCUGCUGACCUACCACCUAACGGACGAGUCUCCGCGCUGGCUUAUCACUUCGUGGAAGUUCAAGGAUGCCGAGCGGGUUACCCUCUGGGCGGCAAGAAAGAACGGACUCCCGGACCUGGACAAGGUACGCUCAGCGUACUUCAGGGUCAAGGAAAGCGCCGUCUCGCGUGACGGGUUCACCGCCAGGCCCACCAUUUUCAGCAUCGUUAGCUCGCCCCUUUUGCGUUCCCAAACGCUCAUCGUUUUCGGUGGUUGGUGGGCCAUCUUCAACUGCUACUACAGCAUAGCUCAAUACAAAUCGUUCGGAGGCGGUGCCGUCCCGUUCUACGUAAUGAUCGGGAUCGCCAACAUGUUCACUCAGACCGUCAACUACUUUGUGCUGAGGGCCUACGGCCGCCGGAAGCCGAUGUCGGCCUACUUUCUGGGGCUGUCCGUGCUGAUGACGUCACUGGUGGCAUUGGUGGCCCUGGGGAUGGAGCUGGCGUUCGCGAAAGUCGCGGUUCCGACCGCCUUCCUGGUGGAAGUGGCGUUCACAACCAUGUUUGUGUUCACCGUCGAACUCUUUCCGACAGCGGUGCGCAGCGCUGGCAUGUGCGGCGCUUUCCUGUUCGGGCGCCUAGGCGGCAUCUCAGCGUCGCUUUUCAGCGCCCUGCGACUUCUGGAUCCUCCGAUGGACAGGCUGAUCCCCAUGCUCGUCAACGCGGUCGUGUUCUUUACAUUAGGUUUGCUGGUCCUCUCGUUGCCAGAGACGUUGGCGUUGAGUGCAGCCGACAAGGGCCAGGAGGCUGCGCAAGAGGACAAGUGGAGGUUGGACUCGCCGCUGAAGCGGAAGAAAAAGAGCAGACAGGUUCCCAGGAAAUGCAUUGCUCGAAAACUUGAUCGAUAA